AUGGAGACAUACAACGGCCUGGUCCGCACCCCAACGGACGCCAUCAUUCUCUUCGAAGCCUGCAGAAUGGGGAUUCUGCCUCGAGUACAACGACGAUUAUCCGAGAAGGAGCGGCAGUCGAUCAGAUCGGGAUCAGUCUUUGUCUGGGAUGAAAGAGAAGCCGGCAUGCGGAGGUGGACCGAUGGCAAGAGCUGGAGCGCGAGCCGCGUAUCAGGCAGCUUCUUGACAUACCGGGAGAUGGAGGGGAAACGAGGCGGAAACUCUUAUUCCAACACCGCAAACCGCGGCGCAAAGACGCCCGAGGGCGGAAACGAAGCUACUUCGCAGGACGGCGACGGGGAAGAGGGCCCCGAUGGGUACCGGUACAAACCUGACGGGCUUAUGAAGCAGUCGUUCAGCAUCACGACUUCAACUGGCCAGCAUCUCCACCUGAUCAGCUACUACUCGCGGUCUCAUCCGACUGCCCAAGUUUUGCGGCAACCUAGUACUGAUCCCAGCCUGGCCAGCAUCACACCGGCCAAAGGCAUGUACCCAGAAUCAACCAUCAACGAUCAGGCAUCCGUGCCUGCUGUCACCCGCUCCCCCAUGCUUGGAGCGCCUGGAUAUGUGGUAAGUCCUGGAGCACCGGGAUAUCACCGACCAGGUCCGGCUUCACCACCAGCGUACCUCCCACCCGGCUACAUCCCUCACCCGGCAGCUUACAUCUACCCCAUCAGUCCGAUGCACACACCACCCCCCGGAUACCACCUUCAACCCUAUCCCCUCCAUCCCGGCUUACCUCCGCUGGCAUACGGCACGGCUCCUUAUCAUUCACCACACGCUCUGCAUAUGAGUCAUGCGCCGCCAUCAUCUUACGACCAGCGCCCCUUGCGGAACUCCGAGUCCCGGGGUUCAGUGCCUCCGCCGCCACCUGCGAGCUCGGGGCAGGUUGCGCCAGCGUCGUAUUCCAUAACGCAGCCGCCGAUCGCAUACCAGUCUAAUCCUGCGCCACCUCCCAUGGCCCCGGCGCCCGAAAACCCCGUUGAGAAUGCUGGUUCGGGACUACAGAUCGACCCCAGACUGACAGCAACCGCGAAUGGAAACGACACGCGAGCGAACGGCGUGCCUAGUAAAGCAGACGAAACCACGUCGACCGCUCAGCCUCCUGACACGACUGCAGUAAGCGCCAGCCAAGCCCCUACCAUCAACGCGCUUGUCCACAACAUCAACACAAAUGUUCCUCCCGCAGAAAAAGCAUCAGAGUCAGAAGCGGAUCGACAAGGGAGCACGAGUCCGGGAGGAACGAAGAACGGCGCGCCUCCACAAGACAUCCCGAGUGAGAAGUUGGGGUUCCGCGAAGACAAGAGAGCACUAAGCAAGCUGGAUCGCGUGUUUGCCAAGGUCUAG